AUGGAAACAUGGAAGGAAGUUAAUGAAGAAAACCACAAUAAAUUAGCUAACCUUGGUGUACCAGUUGCUGUUAUUCCAUCAACGGGUCGUGGUAAACAUCAUUCAUUAACAGAUAAACAAUUGGGACAAAUUCCAUCACGGUCUUUGAUUGCGGUUGGUGCCAGUGUAAUACUAACUAAGAACCAAAAGGGUCUUACUGGACUUGGCCUUAAUAAUGGUGCAAUGGGUAAAGUGAUUGCAAUUCUUUAUGCUCCAGAUACAUCACCGCCUGAAUUCCCUAUUGCUGUUGUUGUCAAUUUUCCAAAUUAUAAAGGACCAGUAUGGCUUGUUGAACAUCCCACAUGGGUACCAAUUACUCCUGUUGAAGGACGAUGUGAGUCAGAUUGUUGCGUUAGAAGUGGAUUACCAUUAAUGCCAGGUUACGCUAUAACAAUUGCAAAAAGUCAAGGUAUGUCUAUUGGAGAUGGUAAAACUGCCACACAUAUGCGUAUAAAGUUACAACAAGGAAUUGAAAUGGAGAAAAAUAACCUUGGUACAGCCUAG